UUUUUGGGUUUUACCUGGUGCUAUACCGGUGUAGUGGAAAAAAGAUAGACAACCAAGUUUGAAUAAGUGCACUACAACGUCAUGUCACAUGUCACAAAGAAAAAAGUCAUUAAAUGACAUUAAAAGCAACGGAUGUAGACCUACUACAAAACUAUCGAUAGCACUUUCCGUCUGAAUGAGAAAGUUUGCAAAACUAUCAUGCAGAAGAGGAUCGGAAUUUCAAUGAACAUAUAAACGAAUAUUUGGCAAAUAUGAUGAAUGGUGUACCUUUCCAAUGUUCAUAUGCGUUGUUGCAGUGUAAGAUACAUGAACUGUAGUCGAACGAAUUGCGAAACGGGUGUAGUUACCAAAGUAUGCUGCAAUGAGACCUAAUACACUAAAUUUACGACAUCAACAGAAUCAUGAUGUAUCUCGUGGUGUUCUGAGAGAAACAUACAGAGCUUGGGCCGAUCGAUCGGAGGAAUGUAUUGUGCCCGAAAAGAAUAUUAGAUCACUUUUCCAACAAUUAAAGCUAUUUCCUACAACGGAGCAAGUGCAUGACAUGAUACGAACUGCUAGACUUAUAGCGCAGGGUAGCAACAACUGUACUAAAUAUUCCAAACAUAGCAGCGGAUUAACGUUUGGAGAGUUCUCAGUAUUGUUUGCUGAUAUACGUAAACUAGGAUACGCAUCUAUACUGAACAACAUUGACGUCAGUCAUCCAGUUUCACCAAGUUCAAGCGAGUUUUCAUCAAAGGUCGCAAGUAGCAACACUAACAAAAGGUUUGAUGAACAAUCUAGCGAGACAACGGUUGGCCCGGAAGUAUUUUUAGGUGGUUCUUGCAAUCCUACCACUUGGCGAGCAGAUGUAGCAAUCCCAACGUUGAAUCAUUUAGGAAUUUCUUUUUACAAUCCACAAGUUUCAGAAUGGACGCCAGAUCUUCUCGAGCUAGAGCAUCGUGCGAAAGAGAAGGCAAAGGUGCUGUUUUUUGUGAUGGAUUCUCAAACGAGAUCAACUGCAGGCGCUAUCGAAGUAGCUCACAUCGCCGGAAGGAACUCGAAACAUCUAGUACUAGUCCUGUUACCAUACAAGCCGAACCAGAAAAUACUAAAUGAACAACUCACAAUGGACGAAUAUGUGGACUUGUCUCGAAAUCAACUACUUUUAAAGCAGCUAGUACGACGCAGAGGCUUACCAGUGCUUGAUAGCAUUCCAUUGGCAUUGGAAUACAUCAAAAACAUACUUUCUGGCGGUUCAUGCCGAGAGCACCCACAGAACAUUGCCACAAGGUUAAUAUCUGUUCGUAGAACGUAUGAUAGAGUGGCCAGUAACUCACACUAUGCUAUCAGUUUAAGUCAAUGCCAAAAAGCACUCAUGGCACUUGGAUAUUCGCCUGGAAUAGCAUCUAUCCCUACAAUAAAACAAGUAUUGGCAUAUUACGAACAUAUAUGUCACCAAGAGUCUAAAUGUGGAAAUAGAUCGUCACCAAUUAUGGUCAUAAAUGCUGCAAAUGGCACCGCUCAUAUCGUGGACGAUAAAGUGUUGAUCACGUUUGAUGGAUUGUGCAUACUAGAUUUUUAUUUCGCUGUACUUCAUCACGAGAUUUUGGAGACCAGCUGUAUUUCUCCGAUCAAGGGCACAAAUCUACAGCAGCCGCCGAUAUAUUUGACGGACUCACCAGAAUGCAGCCAUCGAUUUCCCUCGUCUCCUAUUAACUCGAGUAAAAUGUUCACGGUGGAAGAAAAUGACCUGACGGAUCAGCGACAAAACACACCAGAAAGCUAUUCUAUAUGCUUCAACAACAAGAUAGCAUCAGGUGCACAAUACAAGUGUGGGGAAUCUUCUAAUACUGAUGCUAUGAUUAGUACUACAGCCGUAAAAUUUAUAGAAAAUACAUUUCAUAACACUGUUAACAAAUCAUGCACACAUGAAUAUGGAGUUAGCUCAGAUUGGAACUACUUGGAAUUAGCAUCUCUGAAUUUUCCUCAAAAUACUCGAAAAGGAAACUUUCAUUUACAAAAUGACACUGAUGAGUCGUUUCACCAUGAUGAGCGACUAACAUUGAAAAUCCGUGAUAUAUAUUUAGGAGGAAGCUGCUGGAUGCUGACAAACUGGCGCCAACAAUACGCUGCACCGUAUCUGAAAGCUAAUAAUAUUACUUUCUAUAUGUCAAGUUUCCAUGAGGGCCUCGAAGGGACGUCAAGCACAGGAGAAAUAUAUGAUAAAAAUGUGUAUAGAGAUCAUCAAUUGAUAUUUAAUCCAGCGCUUCUCGACUCUAGUCGGAUCUUACUGUUUGUGAUUACCAAUGACACAAGGUCAUUAGGAGCAAUGACUAUGGCAGCACAUUACAUUGGAAUGGGCUACAAUGUAGUCAUGUGUGUUCAAAUGCUGACAGAUGGUUGCACAGUUAAAGGAUCGCAGCUGUCGAGUUCGGCUGUCAGGGACUACAAUCGUGGACGCACAUAUCUCAUUGAUCUGUCUAAACGGCAAGGAAUUCCUGUAUUCGGUGAAAUUGAAGCAGCCCUUGAUUGUGCCGUAGAAAAACUGCGAGUACAAAUAUACAGUUUACAACACUAUACUUGUACGGAUCGAAAGACGUACACGUCUGACUUCAGGAUAGACCCCGCAAUCGCUGACUAUGUGCAAUCGUUAAAGAUGGCAGUAUUCAAGGAGACUGGAAACUGACGACCUAAGAUCGUCAGUCAUUGUUCGGAGUACUCUGAUUAUCCGACCACGAUGAUGAUGAUUACCAACCAUUUCACUGCCAAUCGAAUCAAAUCGUUCCAAUAAAGCAAUGUGAUUGAACAAGCAAACUCACCCACAAACACUCAAUUAAUACUCUCGCCGAACUGAAUGAAAUGGUACUGUAAAUAGAGAAAACCUUCUAGGAGACCGACCCGCAGACCUCGUACUAGUUUUGUACAAUUGAAGUUGUGCGUACUGCGGUAGUUUAAACGGAAUUGUGACGAUCAAAGAUUAACUGCGUCAAUAUCAUAUACAUAUUAUCAAAACUGCAAAUUAUGUACACGGAUAGAUCCGAAAAUUGUCCCCGAAUCAAAUUAAAAAAGAAUGAGCUUGCUACUUUUUUGUUGCUCCUUGCUACUUUAAAUCUAAUUUAGCGAAACAUGUUAAUUCGUGUGAAUGUUAACAUUUUAAUCUACAAAUAAAAACCUUUCGCUAAACUAUAGUGCUUUUUCGUGAGAAUCAAUUUGUUUUUAUUUGCUAGGUAUGAAAAGUCAAUAUCUCCGAAAUUCCGUAUGGAGCACUGAUACAGAUCACGAAUACUGGUCGAAAUAUGGGUGUAUCUGUCGAUACAAUGUGAAAUCAAACGGUUCCAUAAAAAUCUUUUUAGAAUUUUUAGCAUCCCCAAGAACAGCUUUAAAAAAAUCGUUGCAUUAUGCAUAUAUUUACGGGUAAAACAAAUAUUUGUAACAAUCAUAGGGGCCGUACACAAAUGACGUAGCUUUUUUUCGGCGAUUUUUGACCCCUCCCUCCCCCCUCGUAGCAUUUGGUCACAAAAUUCUAACCUCCCCCUCGUAAAUAACGUAGCAUAUACCUACCCCCUCCCCCUCGUCCCAUGCACAGCGCCCAUGUGAUGAAAAAAAAAUUAAAUUUGUUUUUCAAUUAUUUUAAAUACAUGUCCUUUCAAAAUGAUUGACGACUUUUAUCAACAUUUCCAUUAUAACAGCAAAUUGCGUGCAAAAUAAGCCCAUUUCAUGUUAAAUAUAGUGUUGAUAGUUUGAUUUUGAAUUUUAUAUGUCAAGGAGAGCAUGAAGACAAGUUCUCUCAGUUCACAAUCGUGCAGCUGCCAAUGAUUCUAAGAACCAUACGUUCAUCUAAAUUACUAAAUUUUGUUUGGUUGAAUCCGAAGUGAAAAUUUAAUUCAGCUUCCAAACUAAGUCUACUAGUUAGCAACAUUAGCUAACUAAUGCAGCAAGUUAAAUCCACAUACAAUUUUUUUUCGUAUUUUUGCGAACUUGUAAUUCCGCGAAUCGUAAAUUUACCUCAUGAAAAACCGCACCAAAAGUAACUUGUUUGAAUUAAAAUUAUUUUUUUUUGGGAAUGGAGGAUCAUUAAAUUGUUUUCUCAAAACAAUGGGUUUUAAACUUAAUGCUACGUCGCACAACUUCUGACCCUACCCUCCCCCUCGUCACACUUCGUCACAAAUUUGGUAAACCCUCCCUACCCCCCAAAAUGCUACGUCAUUUAUGCAUGGCCCCAUAUUUGACAGUAAAUUCUAGCCAUGCGUAUUUAUAAUCGCCAAUAAAAUGAGGUGUACUCUCAUGAACUUAAAUGCUUCCUUGCUGGUGUAUCUUCCGGAUCUAGACUCGGUUGAACACUUGGCAACAAACUACCAAAGGCUUCACGACAUCAUUCAGUAGUACAAAUUACAUCUCUCCAUUCGAAGCAGCUUCGCAAGCGACCGCACUAAUUGUAAUGACUGGGAAAGUUCCCGAAGGCCUACGGACACAUUUUAGUUUCCACGAUUUGUAUCAGUUUUUGCACCCACUCUACUGCAACUACCUCUACCUCCGUCACUCUAUUCGGAAUCGUGAACAAGUUAUGGAAAUUUCAGUAACCGAUUUCGAUUUGAUCCAGCCUAUCAGUUAGGCGCAGUUUUACCACGACCCAGGGAAGAUUGCUAUCAGUCCGGUCAGUGGUUACGAUUGUCAUUGUUGAUAUCCUGAUGGGCAUUUGUUCAGCCGUCGCGGUGUUGAACAUCUCCGGAAGCGAGAAACCAUCAUCAGAAACUGCUUUUCACAGGUUUUUAUCUGAUUCAAACCAAGACUCACGAGAUUUUUGUUCUGCCCUCAGUAAUUCGAAUAAGCUUCCUUUCGCGACCUAAAGUAAAUAGAAUCAUCAUAAAAUUAAAUAAAGUAAAAAAUAAUAUUGCUACAUACGAUUUUUGAUUGAACUUUUUCAUGCCGCCAUUUUCCAAUGUUCUUUUGCCGUUUACGUUGUUGGUAUUGGUGCGUGCACUGGCUCCACCGACAUUUUUUUCGGUGCCAAAUCUCUGCCCCGAAAUUGCACUGGAAUUGCACUUUUUAUUGCAGUUCCUAUCAAUGGAACAUGUAGAGUUUUCGAUUGAAGGAACUGAAGUACACAGAGAAAAAUAUUUUGUAAUUUUAAGUUUAUUUUCAUGCACAUAUUUGGAGCAUGAAUAUAAAUGUAAAAUUAAGUUUCACCACAAAUACACACGACAUGUCGUGCUUCCUUCAACGAAUUUUAUUAUAAUUUUACACGUGGAUUGAAAAUUACAGUUUCUUUAAACGAAAACCAAUGCACUUCAAUGCAUUUUUACUCGAAUGCUGCUGUAAAAUGAAUGACAUGUAAUAUUACACGAAUGAAAGUGUAAAAUUGUAUGCUGUUUAAUGCUCCAAUUGAUUUUAACGUAAUUUUCAAUCAAAUUUUUGAUUCAAUCGUUGUAUGUUUACAUUCGUGUUGAUUUACAUGUCGUUUAAAUUUCAUUAUUUUUUGGUGUGUAGUUUUCUGCACUGAAAUUGCAGUUUUCUUGCAGUAGUGUUGUCAAAACACCGACACCAUGUUCCAUUGAUUGGAACUGCAAUAAAAAGUGCAAUUCCAGUGCAAUUUCGUGGCAGAGAUUUGGCACCGAAAAAAUUGUCGGUGGAGCAAGUGCAAUCACCAACACAGACCAACACCGCAAUCACGCAAACAUCAAAGCAAUGCUCAAAAUGGAUGAGUAAACAAACCGGUUAUCGCAG